AUGAGAAGUUCAAAACCAAUGCGUGACAGUAAUAAUCCUUCUUUAGCACCUCCAGAUGAUGAACGACAACAAUGUUUAGCAAAAUAUCCAAUAUCAAAUAUUAUUUCUUUAAUAAUCGAUUCAAUUUAUUUAUUUAUUUUAACUAAUAAUGAUAAAUUAUAUGUAUUUUGUCAUCAUUAUUAUGGUCUAUUGAUGGUAAAUUAUUUUGAUAUAUUAUAUAAAAAAACUGAAGUCAAUGAAAAAUUAAUUUCAUGUUUAUGUAAAUAUCCAUAUGUAUGUUGUCUUUCAUCAAAUUCAUCAAUGAUAGUAAUAAAUUGUCAAAAUAAAGAAAUAUCUAUGCAAAUUUCAUGUAAGAAAUUAAUUUCAUUCAUUAAUAAUGAAAUAAUUCUUAUUAUUUCAUCAUCAAAUAAUUCAUUAGAAUUAUGGAAUUGUUCAAAAAAUCUUUUCAUAUCAAAAUAUAAUUUUUCUGAUAAUAAUAUUAUUGAAGAAUGUACUUUUAAAAAUUCAAUUAUAAAAGUAACUAUAAAAAAAAAUUCAAUAAUCUCUUAUUUUAUACUUGAUAAAGAUUUUCAAUUUAAUUCAAUUGGAAUUAUUAAUGAAAAUAUUAAUAAUUAUGAUCAUCAUAUACUUCUUAAUGGUCAUAGUGAAUUUUAUUAUUCACUCAAUUGUUCACAAAUUUCAUUAAUUAUUUAUGAUAAUCAUAAUCAUAAUUUAAAAACAAAAAUUAUUAAUAAUAUUGAUUUUAUUUCUUUACCUAUAUCUGUUAUUUAUCUUUCACAAAGUAAUUCAAUUGCAUGGUUAACAUCAACAUCUCUUAUGAUAUUUCAUCCAUUAUAUGAAGAAAAUAUUUUUAAACCAUUUCAAAUAGUAUCAUUACAAAAUUCAAUUGAAUAUGAUUUAGUACAUGAUCAUUAUACAGCACUAGAAUUUGAAAAUCAAAGUCAUUUUUUAUUUUGUAUGAAUCAAACAAAAAAAAUCAUUGAUAUUUAUGAAUGGUGUUAUGAUAAAAAACAACAAACUCAUAUUUAUCGACAAUUAACUCAUCUUCAACUUGAUAUAUCUAUCGAUCAAUGUGUAUUUAGAGCAAAUUGGUUCGAUGGUAUUACUUUGUAUUGUUCGGAUAGUAAUUACAUUUAUAAAUAUAAUGCAACAAUGUUAACUUAUUGGAUGUCAUCUAAAUCUUUCGUUCCAUCUCAAACAAUUGGUCAAAUACUAAGUAUACAUUCAGAUCAAUUCUUAACAAUUAAAGACAAUGAUAAUUCAUUAAAAAUCUUUACAUUAAAUGAUAAUAAUAUUCUUGAUUUAAAACUUUCAAUGAAUUUAAUAACUAAUUAUUAUUUUACAAAAACAUCAUCUCAUGUUUUAUUUGUUGAUGAAAAAAAUAUUUUAUCAAUAUAUUCUUUAAAAUCAUCAAAAUUACUAUGGACAACAAAUUCAUUUGAAUAUAAAAAACUUCAAAUACAUUCAUUUCAAUCAUCAUUUAUUCUUAUUUGUUUACAAACAAAACAAAUUUUUCAAAUAGAUAUUAAUACAUUAAAUUUAAAAAAUCUUAUUCAAUUAUCUAUUGAUUGUCAUUUAAGUACAAUUACAUCUAAUAAUUGUUUAUAUAUUAUAUCAAAUGAUCCAACAAUUCUUAUUAAAUUCAAUUUAAAAAAUCAAAAUAUGACAAUUCUACAACUUAUUCAAUUAAAAUCAACAAAAAUUAUUCAAUUAUAUUCUAUAUUAGAUUAUCUUAUAUUUCUUACAGAUGAUAACUAUGUAUAUCUUUGGUGGAAAGAAAAUGAACCCAUAACACAAUUAGAACAAGCUUCUCGUUUAAUAUCAAAAAAUAAUCGACUUGUUCUUGUAUCUACAGAUAAUAAAACUUUGAUAUUAUAUGAUUUAAUAGAAAAAUUACGUGGAACUAUUCAAUUAGAUGAUGAUGCUGGUCAAUGUGAAGCAAUAUGUUUAAGUAAUAAUAAUAAUAAUAAUAAAGAAUAUGAACAAUAUCUUUUUAUUAUUUGUCAUGAUCGAUUUUUACGAAUGUAUAACGUUUCUAAUGGUAAACAAAUAACAAAAUUAUUUAUACAUACAGAUUUAAAUUCAUUUAUUGAAAUUUUAAAUAAUAAAUUAUUACUUAAAGUUGCUAAUCAUUUAUGUAUUAUACAAAUAAUUAAUAAGAAAUUAUUAUCAAACAAAUUAUUAAAUAUUAAAUGUACACUCUUCGAGCAAUCUAUGUGGAUGAGUUGCCAUCAUGAUAAUUGUAUUUGGUCAAAUACUGUUAAAUCUUAA